AUGGAUUCAUAUAAACAUCAUGAAAAUAAAAAAAGAAAACUUAGUAAAUCAAAAGAACAUGACAAACAUUUAAAAAGAAAAGAUAAUAAAAAUGAUAAAUUAACUAGUUGGUUUAGACAAUGUUGUCAUUCGAGAAAACAUCAUAUAAAAUCGAUGAAAAAUGAUAAAAUACUUGAAACAUCUAUGAAAAAAAUUUCAUUAGAAAAUGAAAAUAUAAAUAUACAAUUAAAAUCUAAUUUACCCAUACAAUCAGUUUCUAAUGAAAAAAUUUCGAACAUACAAAUGACACAUUUAAAACGAUUACCAUUAUAUAAUGAAUCUAUGAUUUGUCAAAAAAUAUUUGAAUCGUAUGAUGAUUCAUGUAUUGAAUGUACUGUUCAAUAUGGACCUGAUUCAUGGGAAGAUAUUCAUGAAAAUUUUCAAAAUUCAAACAAACAAUUAUAUGAUAAUAAUAAAUCUACAUCAACCGAAGGACUUGUCACAUGUCUAGACGAGAAAGUCAAUAAUGAUGACAUUGAUAGGUGGUCUUCAAAAGAAAAAUUCAUAAAUAAAACAUUAAAUCCUUUAAAAACUAAUGUAAAUUCGUUUAUCAAUGAUAUUAUUGGUGAUGGAGUUGAUCGUAUAUCCGAGAUAAUUACAAUGAUAUCAACUCAUCAUAAUAAACAAAAUGAUCUUAGAAUAGAUAAAAAAUUAUCGACAAAUAUCGAAGAUAAUUUUCCACUAAAUAAAUCAAAUAAAAGAUCAUUCGAUUAUGAAAAAAGAAUACAAAAUCUUAAUAGUAUUAAACAACAUCAAUACCAAUAUCCAGGACUUGUCUUUGAAAAACAAAACUUAAAAACAAAAUCACCAAUGUAUUAUCAUUCAUCCAUUGAACUUUCUUUAGACAAUACAUCAUCAAAAAUGACUCCAAAUGAUUACUACUGGGAUCUAGGUUCAAAUAAAACAAAUAUUAAUCAACAAGAAAUACUUAAUAAAAAAAAUUCAUCACAAAAUCAAGAAUCUUAUAAUUGGGAUGAUCAAGAAUAUCUAUGGUCAUCAUCAUUCGAUUUAUCUCAAAAAGAUCAUUUGGUUGAUAAUUCCGUACAUGAUCAAUCUAAGCAAAUAGUAAUCAAUGAUGAAGAUAAAUUUUUAUCAGAUAAUGAUAAUGAUGAUCUUUCAUACACAGUUGCAUCAGUUUUACCAUCAAAUACAAUAAAGAAACCACAAUUAUAUACGAAUGAUGUACAAAAUUCAAAUUCAUCUCUCGAUAUUCUCAAUCAACAACAAACUUUUUCGACAAAUGAAUUUCGUGAAAAUAUUGAUAAAAUAUCAGAUCAUGAAAAUAAGAAUGAAUAUAACCUAGGAAAGAUCUAUUCGAAUGAAUUCGAAGAUCAAAAUCUUAUGAAUAUGAAUCAACAACAAAUAUCUAUUUCAAAUUUUAUUGAUCAGAAUAAUUUAUUAUCAACAAUAAAUUCUAUUCAUUCCUUAGAACUUAUUCAAGAUAAAAUUCAAAGAAUAAAUUCAAAUAAAGAUAUUUCAAUUUCUUCUAUACAUGAUAAUAGAUCAUUCUCAAAAAAAAAUAUUUUAAAUUUUCAUGAACAACAACCAUUAUUCGAUGAUAUUCAAUUUCAAUUAUCAUCUCAAAUAGAUCAACAAUAUGAAUUCAUAUCACAAAAUGAUCAAUUUAGUACAAGAUCUAUUAGUAAUCUUUUCAAACAAAUUGAUCAUAUAAAAAAACAAAAAUCAAUCGAUUUAGAUUCAAUUAAUACAGCUUACUCAAUACCUAUUUCAGGACAUUCGUCAGUACUAUUAGAAACAAUAACAGAUGCAAAAGAUCAAACUCUGCCAACUAGUAUAAAAAAUUCUCAAUCUCAUUCGAUUGAUAAACAGGAAAAAGAAUUGUUAAACACUGAAAUUAAUAAUAAUAUUACUCAAACUCGUUCCACAUAUGAUAAUACGAUAAUUUCUUGGCGACGUUUAUUUGAACGUCUUUUAAGUUUCAUCUUACCUUCUAUACAUAAUACUGAUAAUAAUAUGAAUUUAUCUUCAUCUAUUAUAUCAUCUGAUACUUAUUCGUGGUCGACAUUGAUACCAACAGAUAUAUUUAAUAUGACUCAAUCUGAUAGUAUUGGUCCAUGGUGGGGCCGACGUGAUGCUUAUAAUCAAACUCCUGCUACAUUUAUAUUCGCUAAUGAAUCAUUAAAUACAUCAUAUUCAAUAGAAACGAUUACUAACAAUAAACAAAUGUGUAUAUCUAUAGAGAAUAGACCAUGCUACUCUAAAUAUUAUAGUUAUCCGAAUACAUGUCAUUGCUGUUGCAAUUCAUCGAUAACUAUAAACAAUAAUUCAUCAUCUUCUUAA